UGUAAUUGUUUGGCACAGAGGUCAGUGGUGUGUGGGAUUACGCAAGCACGGAAGACGUGACAUUGCUAAAAUUCCCAAAACACUAUCAGCAAGGAACGAAGAAACAGGUUUGUAAUCAGGAAGACCUUUUAAAUAACCCACCCAAAGGAAAUGCAUAUACAAAACGAUCGGCAAAGAGGAGAUAAAACAAGUCCAUUGACCUAAACUGUCACCAUAGCACGGGGAACAAGUUUAAACGGUCGUUGUGAAACAUUGAGGAGAACAAAGUUCAUACGAAGUUUCUGCUAUUACGACAACACAAAGCUUCUAGUAUUACGACAAUGAAGAAGUCGUUUCUGUACGUGAAUGAGCCAAAGACAAACCAGUUAACAUCUUUUCUUUGAAAUCUGGUGAGGACACAUGGUGAGGACUGUAAAGAUGGAGCAGGACUGUCAAGUCGGAAAACCCAUGCCUGCAGCUGAUCCCAAUCUGACAAGCCCAGACAAUCAUCAUGACCUCACUGCCAGUGCAAGAGAGGAAGUGGGAAGCACCAAGGAGAACGAGGGUGAUUCCACACACAUGGACCAGAGCAAUGCCCAAGAGAAGCCAGUCAUGAAAACUAAGAUGGAACCCUCCUCCACAAAACUGUGUGGAUACCUGAACAAACUUGGGGGGCCCUUGAAGGCCUGGAAAGCCCGCUGGUUUGUUUUCGAAGAGAAGAAGUGCCAGCUGUACUACUACAGAACAUCACAGGAUGUCAAUCCCUUGGGAAGCAUUGACCUGGCUAACGCUACCUUUGGCUACCCGGAUCAAGCUCAGGAAGGGACCUUUCAAAUUCAAAUCCCAGGACGGGUUGUUGUGCUGAAGGCAUUAAACAGCCAAGCCAUGCUGUAUUGGUUGCAGCAGCUGCAAAUAAAACGGUGGCAGCACAAUACCAGCCUGGUGAAAAUACCUGCAGAGGCCUCCACUACCUCCACACAGCUCUGCCAGCUGCCUUCUGCACCUUGGGAAGGAAGGACAGAGGACUUCCUCCCAGCAGUAAAGACCCCCAAGGGCCUAGUCGGAGAAGCCGCAGCCUGUCUGCCAGACCCCUGGCAACAAAAUGCACUGCAAAAGCUCUCCCUCAAGCACCCCAUCACAGAGAUACAGAACACAGUCCUCAAUAUCUGUGGAAACAAGCCAGCUCAGGAGCUGAGGCGGAGUGUGUUCAACUUUGACAAGAUUCAGCAGUCGCAAGACUGUCCCUGUGAGGAUCCUGUGACACAGAUACUGGGGGAAACAACAGCACCGCCUGUACCUCUGACACCCCCAGCACCUACAGUCCUUUCAGCUCCUUCAGUUUCUUCAGUUACAAACGAGUCUGCGCAGGAAGCAAAGACUGGAGGAAAGAGUUCUCCAUCAAGCAGCAUGAACAAGAGGGAGAAGAAAAUGACCAGUUCUCUUCAGCCUUCUGGGGAGGUGGUGUCAGGAAAGGAGGGGAGCCCCGUGGACAAACUAUCCAGACUCCAGCACGAGGUGUUCACGCUCACUGAGGAGCUCAAGUCACAAAAGGAGCUGGUGCGACUCCUUCACAAGGCCCUGGAGGCAGCACAGCAGGAGAAGAGGACCAGCAAACAGUUCCUGGCAGCAGCAGGGGAGCAGGAGCGGCUGGAGCUGGUGCGGCACAAAGAGAGGUGUAUCGCGGACCUGGACGGCCGCCUGGAGGCCCUGCUCAAAGACAAGGAGGAGCUGGAGCAGCGGCUGGCCAUGCAGGACUGCCAAGUGAAUGAGCUGCAGCAGCACGUGCAGCUCAUGAUGGAGAAGAACAACGCCAAGCAGGAAGUCAUCCUCAAGCUCUCCGAGCAGGUGGCCGCCUGCAUGGCUGACCCCCAGCGUACCGUAGCCAACUCCAUGGGCACAGAGACCUUCUGCAGGCUGCAGGAGAAGAUUGAGCACCUCAAGGACGAUAUAGAGGCGCACAAGAUCCAAAACAAGUUCCUCAACUCUGAAGUCUACCAGCUUACUAAGCUGUGGAGGAACAGUUCAGAAGAGGAGAAGGGCCUCCUGAUGAAGUGUGCCUACCUGGAGGCCAAAAACUGCCAGAUUGAGAGCAAGUACCUGGUCAUGCUGCGCAGGCUGCAGGAGAGCAAAGGGCUGGACAGCAGUCAGCAGGAGAUGGUGAAAAGGCUCAUUGAGGACGCACUGCAGGGAGACAAGAAGGAUGUCUUUAAACUCAACCCUGUCAGUGAAUACGACGACUAUGGAUUCAAGACCAUUCCUGAUUAUGAAGUAGAGGACGUGAAGCUCCUGGCCAAAAUCCAGGCCCUGGAGAUCCGUUCCAACAACCUGCGCAACAAUGAGAUGGUGGACAAGCCCUUGCGGACCAGGUGGGCUAACUACCUGGCCAGCCGUCCCUUGGACCAGCUGGCUCCCUCCCCGGAGCUGAAGGGCCUGAUCCGGUGUGGGAUCCCUGUGGAGUACCGGGAGCAGGUGUGGCGCUGGAUCGUGAGGACACGGACGCAGGUCUAUAGGAAGCGGAAUCCCAAUCGCUACCAGGAGCUGAGGAAGCACUGCGAGGUGUCGGAGCACCCGGCCUCGCGGCAGAUCAGGCUGGACCUGCACCGCACCCUCACCAGCAAUAAGCAUUUCUCCUCGCCCACCUCCGACGCAGUCCAAAAGCUGCAGCGCAUUCUGCUAGCCUUCUCCUGGCAAAACCCCACCAUCGGCUACUGCCAGGGCCUCAACCGGUUGGCAGCUAUUGCACUUUUAGUUCUGAAGGAUGAAGAGGAUGCCUUCUGGUGUCUGGUGGCUGUUGUUGAAAUCAUAAUGCCACAAGACUACUACAGCAAAACCCUCACUGCCUCUCAGGCUGAUCAGAGGGUGUUCCGUGACUUUCUUGCUGAGAAGAUGCCUCGCCUGACGGCCCACUUCAAGGAGCACAGCAUCGAUCAUUCCCUCAUCACCUUCAACUGGUUCCUGGUGGUCUUCGUGGAAAGCCUGGUCAGCGACAUCCUGCUCAGAGUGUGGGACGCUUUCCUCUAUGAGGGCACAAAGGUGAUAUUUCGCUAUGCACUGGCCCUCUUUAAGUACAAUGAAGAGGACAUUCUAAAAAUUCACGACAAUCUGGAAAUCUACCAAUACCUCCGUUUUUUCACCAAAACUAUCUCUGAUGGCAGGAAACUAAUGACCAUAGCGUUUAAUGAUAUGAACCCCUUCCCUAUGAAGCUGCUGAAGAACAGACGAGAGUUUCACAUGGAGAGGCUGACAGCCGAGCUGCAGGAGCUGGAGAGAAUACAGGAGGAGUUUGUGAAAGAACAACAAGUGGAGCGCAAAGACAAGGACCUGGACACUGCUGUCAGCGAAGACGAAGAAAACUGUGUGGGGCUCCCGAGAGGCGCAUCCAGUAAAGGCGCUCCACGUGGAGUGCAGGAUGUGCCCUAUAGGCUGGACGUUGCGAGUUCGAGUCCAGACUAUUCCUUUGCCGACCGAGGACAGGAGCUUCCAGGGGGCGACGCUCAAUUGGCCGAGCGCCGCCCGGGGGGAGGGAGGGUUAGGUCGGCCAGGGCGUCAUCGGCUCACCGCGCACCAGCGACCCCUGUAGUCUGGCCGGGCGCCUGCAGGCUUGCCUGUAAGCUGCCCGAGAGCUGCGUUGUCCUCCGACGCUGUAGCUCUUGGGUGGCUGCAUGGCGAGUCCGCAGUGUGAAAAAAAGGGGUCGGCUGACGGCACACGCUUCGGCCAUUCCAAAUUGGGGAGAAAAUAAUAAAAAAUAAUUGGCAACGACUAAAUUAAAAAAUAAACUGCAUUGUUUCUCAAGUGUGUAUGUUUGUCUUUUUGUGUCUUUUUAUGAAUUUAAUUUUGGCAGGCCCAUACUUUAUUGUUUAUUUAUUUAUUUGUGUAUUUUUUGAAAGGGGGAAAAAUGCAGAGUUCCCAGGUCCUUUAACUUUGCAGUUGUUUCAUCAGUGGCAUUUUGUUUUCUCUGUAUCUUCUGUCUUUAGGAAACUAAUGAACAUAGCAUUUAAUGAUAUGAAUCCCUUCCCUAUGAAGCUGCUGAAGAACAGACGAGAGUUUCACAUGUAGAGGCUGACAGCCGAGCUGCUGGAGCUGGAGAGGAUACAGAAGGAAUUUGUGAAAGAACAACAAGUGGAGCGCAAAGACAAGGACCUGGACACUGCUGUCAGCGAAGACGAAGAAGUAAUACAGACUGCAGUUAGCUUGCAUCACAUGUCCUGACGUUAUUGAAAAAUUACACAUCACUAAUACUAUUUAAACUAAUUUGUUUGCCUUAUUAUUCCCUGCUGUGGAAUAUAGUGGGGCUUACAUAUUGUGUAUGUCACACAUACAUCUAACUGUUAUCCUUUGUCUGUUGUUGAGUAUAUAGGUAUAUCAGACUUACAUUUUUACAUGUACAGUUCGGCUCUUAUUUUCUAAUGGCGCGUGAUGUACCGACAUACUUGUUUUAGAGUCAACAAAUUAAGUUUACCAAACCUGUCAAAAUGCAGAAUAUUAAUGGAAAUAGGUGUGUUGGUAAUACACACACACUACAUCUCUGAAUGCUUGACUUCAAAUCCAGUUUAAGUCACACAUGAAAGGAGUAUGGUGGUCCUAAGCCCUCGGCUUCCACAUCACAAAACCAACACACAGUGCAGCACAAUUGGCACAAAGGGCAAACCUGUUUCUUAUCUCAUAAAACAGCCUUUUACUAUAAUUGUCAUCUGUCAGUCUCUGAAUUUCUUCAAUCAGCAGUUCCAUUCCACUCAGAUCAAUUUAGUAAAUUAAUUAUUUUGUAGUUUCCCAAGAAAACAAAAACUCAUUAGAGAUCUUGAAAAUUAAUGUCUUGAAAUGUGAUUAAUUUAGGCCAGGCUAAUCUGAACAAGUACAGAGAUUCCAGUUACUUUUCAGACCGGCAACCAGGUUCCAGAUUUUCUAAACGAGACUAUCUCUGAAAUAAACUUAUUUUUUAUGCAUUGUUUGUUUGUUUAUAUUCCUGUAAAUUGCAUAGUUCAGUUAUUGCUAAGUUAAGAGAAAGACGUUGCUUUGUUUAAUUAUGUUAAAUUGUAUGGCAAUCCUUCAUGAUUUGCAUGAAUUCACUUAGGUUUAGAGGUACAGUUUUAAUUCAUGUACCUCUGAUAAACCUAAACUAAGUGACGAAAGCAAAAACACAAACGUUUUUUACUUGAGCUUGAAAAGGAAAAAAUAGGAUGAAUACAGUGCUAUAUAUACUGUGUGUGUGUGUGUGUGUGUGUGUGUGUAUAUAUAUAUAUAUAAUUGAUCGCUACAUAUAGAUUUUUCAACGCUGGUAAAAUGUUUAAUUCAGUAAUGAUUUUAAAAAUGCAAGACAUGUAACAACUACAUGUCUAAAGUUUUUAAAUGCCAACUGUUAAAUAAAUAGAAUUAUGGAUAUUAAUGUGUUGAUAGUAGGGAUAGCUUUUGUUACUGGAGCAUGGCUGCAUUGUCUAUUGCGCUGAAUUUUAACCAAUUUUAACAAAUUGUUCCCAUUAUUCUUAUUUUUUAUUUUAGCUUUUCUCUUCAAAUAUUUUUUAGAAAACAAAAAAGCACAAACAAAAUCUCAGUGCGUUUCGUCUUAUUCAUGAGUAGACUUAAUUUGAUACAGAGGAACACCCCUUUUUUAUACACUCAAUUUUCCACAGGUUAUUAAUCACCUUUUAAGAGAUGGCUCAGUUGACAAACAACUCUUGAGAAGGGAAACUUUUGUGAUAUUUUUUUUUAAUUCUGUUCCACCACAUGGCCUUAAUGAAGACUUUAAAUAUGGGUAUUUUUUGUAGAAUGUAUGUUUGUAUGUAUACAGUAUAUACCUCUGUUCAUUAUUCAAGUUGCAGAGUAAAAAGAAAAAAGUAACUUAGUAAAAGAAUAUUUAGUGGUAUGAAAAGUUUUGUGUUGACGUACAGAUUGAGUGUUUAAAAUAAUAUAAAAAAGUAUGGUCUUCUGCCUUCUGUUGUCAUUUCUGUACCUAAUUACUUAUUAAUUUCAGUUGUUUUUGAUUGUUCUGAUUGUCAAUUGAAGGUUUGUGACGUAAAGGUGAUUAAUCGCCUGUGGAGAAUUGAGUUUAAAAAAAAGGGGUGUUCCUCUGUAUCAAAUUAAGUUUACUCAUGAUUAAGACUCUGUCGAAACACGUUGAGAUUUUGUUUGUGCUUUUUUUGUUUACUAAAAAAUGUGAAGAGAAAAGCUAAAAUAAAAAAUAAGAAUAAUGGAAAAAUGUGUUAAACUAAAUUAUUUUUGUGAAAAAUGGGUUGUCUUUCACUCAAAUCAAUGUAUAAGGGCCUGUUGGCAACCAAUACAAGCUGCCUUUAUUUUCUCAGGUGUUGCCAGGUUGAUUACCUGGUCAAAGACUAAACACAUACAUGUAAAACAUUUAGAACAUAUUUGUAUUCUGUAUUUGUAUAUUAUGAUAUUUUAUUGGAUUUUUUAAGUACGUAUCAUUGCACAAUAGGGAGAAUUAACGAGAACAUUUAUAAUAUUUAGGCGUUCAUUUUUGUAUUGCUGUUUUAUAAUGUGAUGGCAAUCUGAACUAUAGUCAAAGUCUCUCAAAGUGAAUUAUUAUUUUAGGAAAGUAUUACGGCACAAGCACUUAUAUAUUACCAGUGUCACUCUCCUCACAAGGUUAAACUGUGAAACCCAGAACAUACUUUAACUGGCUGAGAUGAGCCCUUUUCAAGGCAUUUUCUCUGCUGUAUAAUAUAACAGAACUUGUUUUUUGAUGAAAUGGUGUGCAUUUUUUGCAUCCUUUGUGUAAGGUAUUUGAACUGAAAAACAUCAAAUACUGGUAUUAUCAUUGUGUUGUUUUAGAUUUGUUAAACAAAAUCUUAUUCUACUGAAAAUAUUUUUCUUUUGUUUCUAUAAAGGUUUAUAUAAAUACAGUAAUAACAUUUGCUGACACUGCAGUGGAGAAACACUUCAUUUAUUAAUUUGUCCCACAGCAAAUUCAGAAAAGAUUGUUCUACAACAGUGUUAAUAUCUCCCUUUAGUUUACUGAUAAUAAAUGUUAAUAAAAAACAUUAACUAAUAUUAAA